ACUUUACACUUUGACUCUCCCUUUAUAAGCACAAACACCGUCCACAUAACUAGCUAUAUUAUUCCCACAAGGCAGAAAAUAGAAAGAGUAGCAAAAAAUGAUGAGAAAUAGGAGAGAAGAAUUAUACGUUACCGUUCCGAGCCUUUUCCGAUGUCCGAUAUCAAUGGACGUAAUGAAGUCUCCGGUAAGUCUCUGCACCGGCGUCACAUACGAUCGUAACUCCAUUCAAACUUGGCUUUCCCAAGGCCACAAUACCUGUCCCGCCACCAUGCAAAUCCUUCCCUCCACCGAUUUCACACCUAACCUCACUCUCCGGCGACUCAUCAACGUAUGGCUUCAGCAUCAGCCGGCUAACUCACCCUCUGCCGCCACCACGCCGUCUUCCUCUCCCGCCGUCUCAAAGUCAGAAGUUCUCGAAAUUGUCAAAAAUAUCAACGGCGAGAAUCGGUUGAGUUCGUUGAAUCGGUUGAGUUCGUUGGUGAAGAUUGCGGAGUUCGUGAAGUAUUCCGAUGAGAAUCGGAGAUUUUUUGUUAAUUCGAGUGGUGCGAUAGCGAAUGUUGUUGGCGUUUUGGUGGAUUCUGAUGUGGUUGAGAUUUGUGAAACUGUUAUUGCGGUUUUGGAUUUGGUUGUAUUAGAGAAUGGAGUUAAAGAGCAGUUGAAUAAGGAGGUUUUGCGGAGCGAUCGAGAUUUUCUCUCAAAGUUUCUACUGAUUCUUCGAAAAGGAAAACUGAGUUCGCGCAUUCAAACCGCUCGGAUUCUGGAAUUCAUCGCACUAGACGCCGAUUCGCAGCGAAAAUUCGUUGAGGAUCAAGGUUUACUCUACGAAUUGCACGUAUUCACCCGCACAGAAACCAACAGGUUCGCGGUCGAGGCCGGUUUAUCAGCUCUAAUCGCGAUCUCAACCACCAGACCAGCGAGAAAAGAGCUAGUCCGGUUCGGAAUCGUGCAAACCGUCGGGAAAAUCCUUAGCGGUUCGGACUCCGCUAGAGUGGUGGUGGAGAAGUCGCUGAAGCUGUUGGAAACGGUGGCGACAUGUACGGAAGGGAGGGCGGCGAUAGGGAAGGACGAGGAGUGCUUGAUGGCAGUAGUUACGAGGCUCAUGAAGAGCUCGAGGGCGGCGACAGAGCACGGCGUGACUGUACUGUGGAGCGUAUGCUGCUUGGCGCGUGAUACGGCGGCGCGUGAGGUUGUAGGGAAGGUCAAUGGGCUGACCAAGGUGUUGCUGGUGAUGCAGAGUGAUUGCUCCACCGGUGCACGGCAGACGUGUGGGGAAUUGGUCAAAGCAUUGCGAGUGGUGAAUAAUAAUACUAGUAAGAAUUAUUCAAAGUCGUGUUUGGCGAGUUAUGAUACCAAGACUACUCACAUCAUGCCCUACUGAAAAUAUAUUAAAUUAAAUGCCACUCCUAAUUGUUUUGACUGACCAAACCAAAAGAAUCAAACAACACUAGCUUUCUUUAUUAGUAUUUGUUUUUAGAAAUUGGAUUAGGUAGAUUCAUGUUGUAAAUUCAAAGAAAUUUCGCUAAUGAUACAAUGACAUUAAAUUGUUCAAUACAUCAAAAGCUCAUGACUAUUAUUGUUACUGUAACUGGUUA